CAUAUUGAAUAGGCUGUGUUUGACAGUUGUGUGUCUCAAGGAAGCUUGAAGAUUUUUACAUGCUAACUUAUGUUCGGAAGGAAUAUAAGUUUUGCUUUCAAGUCCACUCGUGACUUGCUUAUGCUGCAUUUUAAUGUUUUCCUCUCAACCAGGAGAUGGACGAAGAUGAACGCCAGAGGAAACUAGAGGCUGGGAGAGCUAAGGUGCAUAUUUCAGAUUUCAUCCCUGAUAAUCUCACUGCAGAAGUCAUCUAACAUGCCACGGAAGCAGUCGCUUGCUAGCUUCCGACAGAAGCGGGCGAAGAGCAACGGUGCGGGGGCGGAGAAAAAGGCGGCGAAGAGGUCGGGCCCUGCUGUCGCGCAGGAUGACGGUUCGACGCAAGACUGCCACAUAGAGCCGCCGCUGGUCAAUCACAAAGAGCUGGAUGGGAACUUCAUGCAAGAGGAUGCAUUGACCCCCAACAAGGUGGAGGUUCAAAGAGAAAAGGAUGAGCUCCUUAGCACGGAGUCGAACAUUUCCCCCGUCGGUGAACUGGGGGAGGAGGAGCUGCUUGCGCUCACCAGUCAAGAACAGCUGCAGCAGUUAGAGCAGGCCGUGAUGAAGAGUAAUGACAUCAUCGCCAAGCUCAGCUUCAACCUGCAGGAGGCCCGGGCUAGUCGGGACGAGGAAGUGCAGUCCCUCACCUGCCAGAUCCAGGCCCUACAGAAACAGCUCCAACAGCUGCAGACGAGUGUGGGCUUUCAACGCCUAAAAAAACACCCUGGAGCAGAAUUCCCCGAUGUAGCUAAGCAGCAGCGGCGACACGACUCCCAAAAUGAGGACCUCAGCAUGGAAGACGUAUCAACGGCGCAGUCGGGGAGCGUGGGCCUCGAUUCCCAAACCAGCGCUGAGGGCUCCAGCACCGACAGCGAGACUGAGACAGACCCCGUCCUGUCUGAGCUGAAGGCUAAGCUACGAAAGGAGAAGGACAACUACCUUCGCCUGUGUUCUGAGCUGGAAAAGGAGAAAGAGAAUCACCAACAUGUGCUUUCGUUACUGGAGGAUGAAAGAAAGGACCUGCUGAUCCAGCUGAGCCAAGUCCGGAGUCACUGCCUUGAGGAGAAGGAGGUACUCAACAGAGAGCUGCUGGAGCUGAGGAAGAGGCUUCAGGAGGAGGAAGAGUCACAGAGGAGAUUGUACGAGGAGGAAGCUGUGUUCGCCCGCCGUCUCGAGGAUGAGCGAUUAAGUCAGGAGGAGGCGGUGAGGAAGUUGAAAGAGGAGCACAGAGAAGAGCUGGAGAGAGUCAACCGGCUGUUGGAGGAGACUGCGAAAGAAGUCACGGGACUGAAAGCCUCCAAGAACCUCCAGAACCAAGCCAAAGCUGGUUUCAGUUUUGCUGAGCUCACCAGCCCCGACGAAAGCAAUGAUGAAAUUGGAUCGGUCCAGGACAACAUGAAUGUCAUGGUAUCUGGGGACAUUCUAAUGGAGCGCUACUUUGCACAAUGUUCAAUGAACUAUGUCGGACCUUGCAGUGAGCUGGACAUCUCUUCAGACCAAAGCUUUGAGCUUAACAGCGACGUUUUCCACGACCAACCUCUGCUGUCCAUCUCCAACUGUCCCCCCAAAGAGGACUCGGACGUCCACGAGGGCUCCUCCGUGGCUGACAGCUCAAACACCCCGUUGCUCAACAACUCACUUUUUGAACCCGUGAGCGGCGUUUCCGAUCAGCUUUUCAGAGAGACGGACCUCGCCAAAGAGCUGCUGAAUCAGCAGUGCGGGGAGCUGCGUCAGGAGCUGUCUAUGAAGGACCACGACUUGAAUGUGUUGCGAGAGGAAGUUUGCAAGACAGCCGAAGAGCUGGAGGAGGCUAGGAGCAGGUGGGCUCAAGUUACAGAGGAGCUCAUGGAAGCCCUCAGGCAGCUCGAGAAGGAGAGGAGGAUAUACGCUGAGGAGGAGAUGAACGUGAAAAGUCUCGAGCAAGACGGCCUUAAGAACAAACUAGCUGCCUUAUUGGAGAGAAAGGCACUGGAAAUCUCAGCUGAAACUUCCCCGCUGGUCCCUUCAAUAGAGGAGGAUAAACUGUCCGAGCAGCUUAACGAGAAGAGCGAGACGCCUUUCCCGUCACGUCAAGACCAGCAGGAGAUGCUGGAAGUGUCUCUACAGGAGAUUAAACAGACUGUGAAUGGUACUUUACAUGAUGACAACCAUCUGGAAACACUGCAGGCCAGUGAUAAUGAAGUCAUAUUGGAGCUAGAAGAGACUAAAAGGAGGAAUCAAACCACAUCUACCCUGCUGGACGAAAGGACUGCGGUGAUGGACCGAAUGGGGGAGGAGCUCCAAAGCACACGUGCCCAGCUACUAGGCAUCCAAACAGAGUUAGAAAGCCUACAGGUAGAACUGGAGAAAAAGCAAAGCAGUUUGGAAAGUGCUGAGAAACUAAGGAGGGAACUGGAAGCUGAGAUUGUCAACCUCAAGGAGGCCCAAACUCUGGCAGCGCAGGAGAAAGGUGAACAGAUGAAGAAGAUGGAAGAGGUGCUCAAGGAGGAACUUGAACAGUUUAAGAACUUGCUACAAGCCAAGGAUGCAGAGUUGGCUGAAGAGCGAGAGAAAUGGGAGGAUGAGAGACGGGAGAAGGACAGAGAAGUUCAAGAUGUGAGGGAAAUCCUCGAGGAGCUCAGGAUGGAGCGGGAUGAGGAGGUGAAGGCACUGAUGGAGAGGCAGGUCUUGGCUGUGGAGGAGGCUACGGAGAGACUCCAGGCAUCUCACCAGCAAGAGAUGGCAGAGCUCCUGGAUCAACAUCAACGAGAGAUUUCAGAAUUGAACAGCCGCAUGGAAACUGAGGUGCUGGUGCGGAUAGCAGCCAUAGAGCAGGAACAGAAGCGACAGAUCAGCCUCAUCAAACAGGUGACGGAACGAGAGCAUGAGCGGAUGGUGUCGGAGCUGAAGGAAAAACAUGAUGAGGAGCUUAGUAGGCUGAAGACGGAGGUCACCAUGGAGGUAACGGAGUGUUUGGAGGCUGCUCACCAGGUUGAAAUGGAACAGGCACAGGCCCAGAAGAACAGUGAGCUCGAAGCCUUGCGCCUGAGCCUGAUAUACCUCCACACGUCCCAGCUUGAGGUAUCCCAGGACUCCACUCUCGUAGAGGGUCAGGCCUCCCUGCAGGACCAGCACCAGUUGGAACUGGACCACAUCAGAGAGCAGAAUGAGGCGCAGCUCGACCGACUGCGUAGGUUGCAUCAACGUGACAUGGACGAGUUGAAGCAGAAGUUUGCCGAUGAGAAAGGUUCCAUGGAGGAGAAGCAGACCAAAGAGAUACACGUUCUAAGAUCUGAGUGGGCAGCUCAAGCUGAAACUACCCAGUCGAUGUUCCAGGGCAGCCUUGCCAGCACCCGUACAGAGCUCGCCGAAACACAGGCGUCCCUCGCCCAGACCAGCCAAGCUUUAAUCGAAGCCAAGGAAUCUUUGUCCCAGGCUCAGACGGAGCUGCGGGAGUCAAAAGCACACCUGGAGAGCUUCGAGAUCUCCAGUCAGGAGCAGAAGCAGAAACUGGAGGAGGAAUUGAAGGAAUCCUGGGCUGACAGGAAUGCUGCGGGCUGUUCUCAGGAGGAGUUGGUGUCUAGCCACAAGGCAUUGCUUCAGGAGAGGGAGCAGCAAGUGCGCCAACUAGAGGAGAGGCAUCGGCAGCUGCAGGAAGAGCAGCUUUCGCGUCUGCAGGAGGAGAAAGAUCUGCUGAAGAAGAGCUCACAGCAGGAAGUAGGCCAGUUGUGGACUCAGCUAGAGAGUAUGAGAGCCAGUCGUCAAGAGCUAGGAGAGCUGAAGGAGCAGCUGUUGGCUCGCUCGUCCCGUGUUGACGUCAUUGAUCGCCUCAAAGCUGAAUUUAACGAACAAAAGCGUGAAAUCAAAGAGCAGAAUGAAGCGGAGCUGGAAAGCCUGAGGAGGUACUUUGAGCAGCGGUUGCACAUGUCUGAGGAGAGCUCCAGAGAGCAAAUUGCUCUGCUCCAGCUGAAACUAGUGGAAAGUGCUUUGGAGGAGUCUGUGCUUAAAACCACAGAUCACAGUUUCGUGUCUCAAGAUCCGGCUGAAGAAACGGAUGACGUGCAAUGUGACACCAGCCUUAAAGUGGACAAACAAAAGGAAGUGUUUUAUACCCAAAUGGAGGACAAACACAAAAUGGAGCUCAGUGACCUACAAUCAUCCUUUAAGGAAGAACUGCAUCAGGUGCGUUCACAUCUCGCGGACCAUUACUACAAUGAGCUGCAGGAGAUGAAGACUCGCCAUUCCCUGGAGCUAGAGCAACUCCGAGCCAAAAUUUCUGACCGUCACUUACAAGAGAUCACUCGUGUGCACAUGGAGGCAGCAAGACAAGUCGAGGUCGAGGUUGAACUGCGGUUAUGGUGUUGCACCGCGGAGCGACACGCCAGCUUGACCCUCAUUCACACCUUGGAGAACACGCUGGCAGACAUGAACAAACUCAAUGCAGAGCUGCAUGACACCACCCAAAAGCUGAAAAGGGAGUUUGACGAGGAGCGUGUCAGUCUCAAGGAAGCGCUGGUGCAACAAGGCGAGGAAGAAAUGAGGAGGAUGAGAGAGGAGCACAAAGCUGAACUGGCUGCCAUCAAGACUGAGAUGGAAAAGGAGAAGGCACGCUUGCAAAAUGCUCUCUCAGAGGAGAAGGAAAAGUCCCUGAAGAACGAAUGCCCUCAGACUCUUCAAGCAAGGUACGAUGUGGAGCUACAACAUGAGAAGAGCAGCAUGGCAAAGGAAAUGAAAGAGCUCACGGUUCUACUCCAACAGCAGGCUGAGGAGCGACUGAAACAAGCCCAAGACCGAUUCGAGGAAGAAAAGUCUCUGUUGGAGCGGUGUUUGUCCCAGAGGAAUGAAAUCUCUCUUGCGGAGCUACAGCACAAACAUCGCACUGAGCUGGAACAGGAGCGAGCGGCCCUCGUGGACAAACACUCCAAAGAGAUGGACUCGCGCAACACCGAACACAAAGCGCAACUGGACGCUCUCUGCACCAGGCACGGGGACCAGCUCGCGGCUGUGACUGCCCAACUGCAGUCGGAGUACAAUGCUCAGCUUUUUGCCUUGGAAGUGACCCUCAAUUCCAAGCGCAAGGAGGACCUGCAAGCCCUGCAGGAUUUGUUUCAAGAAACUAGUCAGGCCCAGCUGGAGGCUCGAGAAGCGGAGCUGGCUCGGAAACACCAGGAAGAGAUGGAUGAAAUCGAAAAGCGGAUGCUGAGUAAUAUGGACACCUUGGAAGCCACGUACCUGACGGAAGUACAUGCACUGCGUGAUGAAAUAGUCCAACUGGAACAGAGGCACCAUCAAGACCUCACCGGUCAAAAGGCGGCCCAUCAGCAUGUGGUGGAGCGUUACGUUGCGGAGAAAGAGGCUCUCAGGGAGGAGCUGCGAAAGGAGCUCGCUCAGAUACACAUGGACAAGUUCAGAGCCAUGGCAGCCGAGCUCAGCCUCCUUCAUCAGACUGAACUGUCUGCUCAAAAAGAGUCACUGGAUGCUGAUCACUGCAAAGCUCUGGGUACCCUGAAGGCACAGGUUCUAGAACUGGAGCAGCAACACAGCACUGCUCUUCAAGAGCUCACACAGGCUUAUACAACUGAGAAAGAACAACUCCACCGACAGCACCAACUCCAGCUACAGGAGCUUAAAGGAGUAUCCGCACGGGAACUGAAGGAAUGUCGUCAACCGCUUGAAGAGUUGUCGUCGAUUCAACGCCAGCGCUUCCUGGAGGAAGCGGAGCUCCUUAAAGUCCAAUCCGGGAAGAAGUUGCAAGACCAGAUUUAUCACAUGAAGGCUGAGAAGCAGGCGGAGCUUGAGGACCUGCGCCGGGCCUUGGUGUCAGAACAGGAAGAGAAGGAGCGCAACUACAUCGGCAAAAUGAGCCAGCUCACUGUUCAAGUGCAGCAGCUAGACGCUGUUGUAGCCCAGUUGCGAGCAGAGGUUGGCUGCCUACAGGCAGAGUUGGAGGGCAAGUGCGCUGAGAUGGAGACCCUGGACACCCUCCUCCAAAGACGGGAGCGUGAGAGUCAGGAGGGAGGCAACCAUCUCAAAAUGCUCACCGAUGACUUGCAGACUGCCAAAGAGGAGAGACGUAAACUGCAUCAGGCCAACAACAAGCUGAAAAAGGUGCUGAUUGAGAUGCUUCGCAGCGCCGUUGCUACUGAAGAGCUCAUUGGCCAAAAGAUUAACACCAGAAGCAACACAUCUGAGGAAGCUGUCCAUCAGACGAACUCAUUGGAGAAUAAAGAUGCACAAGAAUCAGGCAUUUCGGUUGCAGAUAUGACUCUACCUGAGGACUUGGAGCUGACCCACCAGCUCUGCGAGAGUCUGCUGGUUUCUGACAUGCACAUUAAUCCCGGAGGAGAGGAAGCAGCCAUGAAUGCCUGCAGCCGACUGCACCACACAGUUGAUAAGCUCCUCGAGCUGCUUAACCAGGCCAACGCACAGCUGGAGAAGACUCAUAACGUACACUUGUCUCUAGAGGAGAGGUACUCUCAAGGCCAAGAGGAUUCUGCCCAACUCCUCAAGCAGCACAAUCUCUUGUUGGUGCAGAUUGACCAGGAGGUCAAGUUGAAGAGUGAGCUGGAGCUGGAACUCCACAAGGCUGAGGGUCUCGUGGAGGGUUACGUGGCCGACAAGGCAGCACUGGAGGAGGCCUUCCUUCAGAAGGAGGCGCAGGAGGAGCGCUUAGUGGAGGAGCUGGAGGACCUCCGGAGGAAGGCGCAGCGGACGGAGGGCUUCUGCGCUGAGCUGGAAAACCUUCAAGCCAAACACCAGGAGCUGAGCGAGGAGCACGCCGCGCUCCUGCGGCAGAAGGAGUACCUCUCCGCCGGCCUCGGGGAGAGGGAGAAAGAUAUCUGCAUUCCUCCAUCCACCGACCCCAAAGGUCUGCUGGCAGAGACGGAGCGCUUGACCCAGGACCGGAUGGACUUGCAGCGGCAGGCCGAGAAGGACCACAGCUUUCUGUCGCAGCGCCUCCGGGCCCUGGAGAGGGAGCAGGAGGAGCAGGAGACCAAGAGCCAGGAGAAGGAGCUGCACCACAAGAACCAUGCAGAUGACCUCAGCCAGCGGGUGCAAGCGCUGGAGAAACAGCUCAAGCACAAUCGGCAGUUCAUAGAGGAACAAACUGUCGAGCGUGAGCACGAGCGAGAUGAGUUCCAGCAGGAGAUCGGACGGCUGGAAAGUCAGCUCAGGCAGAUGGCUGGUGGUGAUGUCAAAGGGCACAAGUUUGAGGACUUGGUUCUGCAGGUGGAGAGUCUGCAAGCCAACAUCAAAGGCAAGCUGGAGGACAAUGCCUCCUUGGUGGCGGCCAACCAACAGGCGCAGCGAGAGCUCGCUGAGCACGACGAAGAGAUCGACAAGAUGGCUGUGAGAAUCCGUGAGCUGGAGCAAGCAUUGCUUAGUAACGCUGAGCGUAAUAGACAACUGGAACAAGAACUUCACCGGGCCAAGUUCAGGGAGGAUGAGCUCACGCAAGAUAAGCAGGCCCUGGAACAGCAGCACUUGUCUAACAGGCUUCAGAUAUCGGCGCUGCAGUCCAGACUGGAUGAGACGAGACACUGUUAUCACGACAACAUGCGGGAACCCACUCAGGAGCUCAGGGAUGCUCUGGACGCAGCACAGCAAAGCCUACAACACAAAGAACAAGAGGCGGAAGUUCUUUUGGGCCAACUGGACAAUGUGCAGAGGGACUUGAGCAUUAAGGAAGCGGAGCUGAAACACCUCACACUCCAGCUGGAACGACUCACCUGUGAGAACGCAGCACUUGUCGAGCAGAUUGACACCCUCAAGGAGCAAGUGUCCUCCCUCAACAUUCUGGCGGAGGAAAAAGAGGCACAAAGAAAGGUGGAAGACCCGGAGGAGGAGAGCCUCUCCUCUGCCUUACUGCAGGAGAAGAACCAGGAGAUUGACUACCUCAACACUGAGAUCCAAAGACUGGAACAGGAGCUGGGAAAUAUCAACAAUGAGGAUCUGCAGGCCGAGCUUCACGACCUGAGCUCGCAAGUGGAGCAUCUUCAGUCCGAAAUUGCCAGGUUGCGCCAGGACAGGGAAGAAGAGGAGGAGCGCCUCCACGAGGUCAUCAGCACGCUGCAGGCUGAGCUCUCCAAGCUCGGGCCCAACGUGUACGAGGUGAGCGACUCACAGGACGGCGACAGCAUCAAUCCCUCGCCAUCUCCCAGCCCUGAGCCUCGAGGCGGGCCCAGCAGCCUGAAGCACGAGCUCAGCCUGACUCACUCGACCUCCUCUCGGCCCCUCCGCUCGCGCCUCAAGGCCCUCCAGAGUCAGCUGGAGACGGCGGUGGCGGAGAAGGAGGGUUUGGAGCGUUUGCUGCUCACCCAGGAGGAGGAGUACAGAGGACACGGCGAAGAGUUUGGCCGACGGCUGAAAGUGGAGAGGGAGAAAGCGGACAAGCUCCAAGGCCUCCUCACUCUCAAGGAAGCCGAGCUGGUGGGCAUCGAGGAAGAGAGGAGCGGUUUCAGACUACGAGCACAGCAGGUUGAGGCCAUGCAAAAAGAAAAAGAGCAUCUCAGCUCUCUGGUUACUCAACUUCAACAGAAGGAACAAAACUUAUUGAGAGAAGUUGAAGGUUUAAAAACCAAAGAACAGGAAAUGAAGACUUACAGCAUGACUCUGGAAGCACAAGUCCAGAGGCUACAAGGUAAAGUGGCGGACAGAGAAGAGGCCGUCGCUCAGGAGCAGGCGAGGGUGGAUGCGCUCGAGACUGUCAAGGUGGAGCUGUCGGACGAACGGGAGGCACUCAGGCGGCGGGAGGGGCAACUCCAGGAAGAAAUUGAAAGGGUCAGACAAGAAGCCGCUGCACUGAGGACCCGUGUUGAUGAGCUCACUGCUCAGCUCUUGGAAAAGCAGUGUAGUCAAGAUGAUGCUCAGAAGGAAGUGCUGACACAUGCUGAGGAGACUCUGGCGAAAGCCGAUGCCGCCUUAAGGCUGAGGGAGACGGAGCUGGCCAGACUGGGGGCAGACCAUCAAGCCCUUAGGGGAGAGUUGACCACUGUGAAACAAGAUUUACACAGCAGCACUCAAAGAGCUGAAAAACUAUGUGAAGAAGGACGGAGCAAAGACCGUGCCCUGGAGGACCUGGGGAACGACAACCACUGGCUGAAAGUGGAGCUUGUACGCCUGCGGGAGGAGACUCUUUCCUACCAGCAACAAGAGCUGCAGCAAGUUAGACCGCACAGUCGGCAACUGGACACGAUUGGUCACCACAAGGCAGGCUCGCACAGGGAUGUUUCUCAGAGGGCCUUUGAGGACGUGGUGAGCAUCUACAGUGACAACACCUCUCUGAGCUCCCCGGAGGUAUUGCGGCACCUGGAGUGCUCUGAAGUGCUCCUCCAAGAACAGUUCCACGCGUCGACUCUGGGCUCUCGUCUGUCUGAGUUGAGCGCACUAGAGCUGGACCACCCUCGAGUCAUCAAGUCCCCCGGGGUGGCAAUGGACCCUCCACUCUCCAGGACCAUAACUCCAGACCUGACCACACAGAGCAGCCACUCCCCUCGGUCUCUCUCCGUCUCGGACAACUUCUCCGUUGUGGACUCAGUCAGUGCAGAUAAAGUGUAUGAUAUGGAAGGACUUGACGUAACAGCACCCCCAUCACCACUCGGCUCCACCUCUUCCUUAUCGGCACCAGAAUGGGCCAGUGACGGCUACGGCAGCAAUGUGAGUUCAGAGCUGGGCGCGAGGCUGCGAGUGGAGCUGGACCAGACUGAGAGGCUGGACUCUCAGUUUGUCGAGUAUCUCCGCUGCCGGGGCAUGAACCCCACCGCUAACACGGACAGCGCUGCAGGCAGCAUGAGCUACAGCGAUGACCUCUUGUCUCCAGAGCUUCAGGCCCUGUUGAGGAAAGUGUACCAAGAAAGCUGCAGAAUAUUGACCUUGUCUCAGCGUCACGCCCCAGCGUCCUUCCAUCCGAUGCAUGUGGCGGAAUUAAACUCACUCUCACAGCUCCAGGAGGAAGAGGGUCCCACUUUACAGAACGAGGGGGACAAGCCAUCCUCCAACCCGCCCAUGGGCUGGCAGCAGGAGAAAAGAGCCCUGCAGAAGACAGUGAUUGCGCUGCGUGAGCUGCUCUGUCAAAUGGCGCAGAGACGUACGCAUACUGACUCCAGAGGUGAUGCUGACAGAGAGCUGCUACAGGUGGAAUCUCAAACAAGCGCAGAGCUGGAGGAGAGCCAGAAGCAGCUGAAAUGUGCGCAUGAGUCUCAGCAAGAGCAAAAGAACAAAAUACAGGCACUCAGGGUGACUAUGGAAGAGUGCGAGGAAGCUUUGGCGAAGGAACGGUCGCUGGUCCAGGAGCUUCAACAACAGCUGGAAGAAGAACGAGCUCUCAAUAUGCGGCAAGAAAGAGAGGUGGAGCAAAGACUAGAGGUUAUGCGAGCGACGUCCGAGCAGCGGAGGUCCGAGAUACUGGCCCUCCAGGGUCUUGUGGAGCAGAAGACUGUGAUGUGCAGCAACCUGAGACGUGAGCUCCAGAUCGAGCAGUCCCGCAGUGUUCUGCUGGAGAAGCGUUUGGACGACUCGCAGAAGAAGCUCGAAGACGAGCGCCAGCACUCUGCCGACCAACGCGAGGAGAACACCCGUCUUGAACACCUCUUGACCCAGUCAGAAUCCCGUCUGUCUGAAAUCCGUUCCAAGCUAGCGGACGCCCAACGGACGUUGGACGAAGAGAGAGACCGCAGCGCCAAGCAACUGGACGACAUUAACCGCAGACACGAAGCCGACGCAGCCCGAGACAGGAAGUUAAUCGCCGACAUGCGCUCGCAGCUGGCCGAGGAGCGAAGGCGAGGGGAGGAACUUGUGGCCUCGGUGGACAAACUGAAAGCGAAGGUCUCGCAGUGCAAGAGUAUGCGGGACGAGGACAAGAGCCACGAGGAGGCCUUGAGGGAGCAGAAAAGAAAGGUUGACUGCGCUUUGGAGGCACAGGGCAUGGAGCUUGGCGAACUGAAAGAGAGAAUACAACUGCUGAAGGACAAGGAGAGGGAGCGGGAGGAGCAGUGGGAGAGGGAGCGCAGGAAGGGCUGGCAGGAGCAGAUGGAGAGGGAAAUACGACAGGAGAAGACCAAUAACAAACUGCGUGACUUAGAGUUGCUGAGGCAGCAGGACAGGCAACGCGCGGAGGACCUACAGCGCACUUUGGCCGAGCUCCAAAGAGAGAACCGGGACAUGUCUGCUCAAAGGAUGUCGGGACAGAGCGGCGAAUGCUGCCAUACGGAUGCCGCCAACCCCAGUGCCCAGGGCUCGCAACACAGCCAGCAGAUACCGCCCACUUCCUCAUCCAUCCUGCUGGAGAAGAUGCAGAGCGAGAACGCAGAGUUGAUGCAGAGUGUGACAUCGCUGAGCCAAGAGCGGACAUCUUUAAAACAGAAAAUCACCUGCCUGGAGCGCCAGCUGCACCGCGCCGAGAACGAGCUUGCGAAAGUGGCCACGGAGAGUGAAAACAUACCGGUCCACGGAAUGACCCCCAACCACAAGGUGCAACGUUUAUAUGUGCGCUACUUACGCGCAGAGAGUUUCCGGAAAGCUCUGGUUUACCAGAAACGCUACCUGCUGCUGCUUCUAGGAGAAUUCAGGGAGUGCGAGCAGGCCACCCUGUGCAUGCUCGCCACCAUGGGUGCACGGCCGUCGUCGCUGCCCUUGUCCCAGAGACCCCUCAGAAAAUUUAGGUCGGCGGUACGAGUGGUCAUCGCCAUCUCGAGAAUGAAGUUCCUCAACAGGAAGUGGCAGAAAGCGUGUGGGACGGCUAAUGGCCACGCUCCAGGGUCGAAAGCUGAGGUGUUAAGAGAGCACCAGCCUCGUUUGAAUUCCGAGUCUCCCCCAAACAGAGACACAGUGUCGGCUCUUGUUCCGUCCAGCAAAUCCCCCAUCAGGCUGCACAACAGGUCGUGUUCCAGCUCCACUCUGGCCUCUGCAGCAACAUCUCAAGAGCCAGAAAAAUCCUUGACUGAAUACAUCCAUCACCUGGAGAAGGUCCAGCAGCGAUUGGUCGGUUCCAAGCCAGGUCCUUCUGUUCUCCAGCAUGACCCCAAGAAACGUGACCAUUGAUGUCUCCUGUGUUUGCAGCCGUCUUGUGCCUUACGUCGACAGAAAAAAAAUCGUCACAUUUUAUACAUUUACAUGGUGUCAUGUUGUGCUUAAGUUGCUUUUCUAUAUAUAUUUUUUAAUUGACCUCAAUUUUUUUAUUCAUUUUUCUCAUUUUAAGUGUUUUAUUUUUUUACUGAUGUACAUCACCAUAUGUGCUACUUUUUUCUUUUUUUGCUCUUUUUUACAUUAAAAAAUUAUUGCGCUGUUCAGAUCAUUGUACAUUGUUCUGACUAUUGUGUAUUGUUAGUGUUUCUACUGCUGUUAUAAUAAAUAUUUUUUAAAUGUGAGUUUA